UGGAGGAUGCACUCACCUUGAUUUUCAGACAUCCUACGCUGGAGAGCUGGUUCCUGGCCUUGGAACUGUGCUCUGUUCCUCAGCCUGGUUUGAACCCUGUCACUGUGAAGCUCCUGUCAGCUCACCUCAAUUCCGGGGUGCUCCAGCUGCUGAAAACAGGUGCCCCCAUGGUGCAGGGCGUCACAACGGAUCACAGACACGUGUUGUCCAAGUAUUUCGAAGCUAUCACAAAACGUGAAGAGCUGCAGACUGUGGGGAAUGUCUAUCCCAGGAAGUCUCACCAGCUGGAGGAGCUGCACAUGUACAUGACUGCAGCUCAGCUGAAGAUCACUCUACCCAUGCUGCAACUCCCUGAGAUGAGCUUGACUGAUCAGAAAUCUGAAAAAUCCCCUAAAAAAGGGAAGCAGUUAAACUUCUAUGGACAAAUUUUGGUGAAGCUCCUUACAGACAGCUACCAAAGGCAUCCCCAGCAAGGAGAAUUUCUGCUACCCACAGAGCACAUUAAAGCUUUGGGGAUAUUGAUGUCAGCAUCGGCCAGCAAAGAUUUGGAGGAAGUUUUCCUUCAGGCUCUCCAAAGUGAGCCAGUCCUUGCUCUCGCAGUUGGUGUCGAGGUUCAAGCUCACUGCCUUGCCCAGUGCUCACACACCUCCCUGGCCAUUGUGGCCAUGCUGAUCCAGCACUCCAGGACUCAUCUGCUGCAGUUUGAGCUCUGGUGUCUGAGCAGUGCCACUGGGAAGUACCUCAGGAAACGCAUGGAGAGCUUUCUUCCACUCAUUAAUGUCUAUUUGCAAUGCAGAGACCAGUAUGGCUUCAGCCGACCUUCCACAGGUGGUGGAACCUGUGCCUUCUGCUCUCCCAACAGUUGUCUCAGCUGUCACACCUGUCCUGAGGAAAGCCCUGUGGAAGGAGCUCAGGACACCGGGGCGUCGCAUGAGGCCACUGUCAAACUGCAAAUUCUUUCAAAGCUGUUGCCACCUUUGGAAUGCAAAAGGCUGCACAACCUAAUGGACUGCCUUCCUGCUGCUCUGGAGAGAGCAGGGAAUGAAGAAAGUUGGGCCGUGGCAGAUGCCAUAUCCACAGUGCUUAAAAACUCAGAGGAGCUGCAUUCCUGGAGGAGAAAUCUCUUGUCAGCCUGCAUAAAGGGGUUAGUUGCCAUGUACAGCAGCAGUAAAGAUGAAAGCAAGCAAGAAGUGGAGAGAUCCAUACUGCUGAGGCUAGAGGAAUUAUUGUGUGUGGUUGAAGAAGUGGACCCAGAUGACUUGUGCUGCCUUGUGAAGACAGGACUCAAGUACCGUUACAGAGAUGAAACAUUUCUGAAGGUCCUGAACGUUGCCAUCCAGUUACUGUACAAGAAAGAAUCCUCACUUAGUCAGAGCUUAGUCAAGCUCUCCAAACUUCACAUGAUGGUCACACAGCACUCUCUGUUUUUGUCAGCCAUCCUGAGGUCAAGAGAAGAAGAUGGCACGAACACCCAGACAAGAGGUAUUUUUUAAUCAUCUUUCCAUACUUAAUACAGUUAAUCUUGUCUUUCUUGCAUUAUAUUCUCUCCAUCCAGUAACACACCCACCUACUUGCAGAGUUAUUAACAGUUCCAGAAUAUUGGCAUUUAGAUUGGAUACAAAUGCUUGGAUACAAAUGUUACACUCAUUUUGUGCUGGUUUUAAACACUUCUGUUUAUAAAACUACUGGAAAGAUGGGUUUGGGUUUUUAUUUUGGGUUGUGGUUUUGUUUGUUUGUUUGUUUG